UCUCCCCUCCUCAACACCCCUAUCUCCUCACUAGGUAAUGUCCCCUCACUUACCUAGGUUAUCAUCAUGCCAACCCCACCAGCGAUAAGUGACCCGAGCUACCUUAGGUAGGGUUUCAUGGGGUAACCUUAUUAUGUACCUACCUACGUACUUGAUAGAGGAUAUCAGUUCGAACUAUCAAACUUCAUCUUUCUGUUGAAGAACGUAUGGAGUACCUUAAAUGUCUACGCUAAUCUUGCCAGAGGGAAAGAUAGUCGUAUAAGGUAUCAUUCAAGAUGCUUCUCCUUAAUCCCUUUGUACUAGCUAUCACGUGCUUCGCAUUAAGCAUUUUAUAUAUCUGGCGAUGUAUCAUAUCUCCCCUGCGAACCCUUCCCGGCCCGAGGGUCUCCUUAUUUAGUUCAUGGGUCCUGAAGUACCACGAAUUCCAUGCUCACCGCACGAGAUAUGUCCAUAGCCUCCAUAAGAGAUAUGGCCCUGUUGUGCGGAUAGCUCCGAACGAAGUAUCAUUUGCGUCCCUCGAAGGCGUGAAAGAGAUCUAUGGUUCGGGAGGAAGCGGCUAUGAUAAGACCGAAUUUUAUAAUCUCUUCACUAUAUAUGGUCGAAGGACUAUGUUCAGUACCCUGAAAAAAGAGGACCAUGCCAAGCGGAAACGAAUACUUGCAGACCGAUAUGCAAAUACCAAUAUUCUGAAAUCGGAGUCAUUGCACGGAAUCGUAGAACGGUCGAAACGAUUCGUAGAGAGAUGCUCAAGAUUUUCUGGUGGAAGCAUCGAUAUAUUCAUUUGUCUACACGACUAUGCGUUCGAUUGUGCGACACAUCAUCUUUUCCAUCCUUACGGAUCUGAUUCCCUACGGAACCCUAAGGACGAGGAAGUCAUGAAGCAGGUGACUUUUGAUGAUAGUCUUCAAAACCGUCUGGUCGAAUACUACAACCCGACCUUGCACAAGAUGAUCGGCAGCGUUCUGUCUUUGUUCGCCAAGCCACGGAAGACGCCCCUAGCAGACGACUUAGUCAUGUCCGCCAGCGCGAGAACUGGUCCCGCGCAGUUCACCCUCCUGAGCCGCAUGCAAGAUAAGAACUACGAGAUGGAGCAUAUCGACAUGGCAGCCGAGUGCCUCGACCACAUGGUCGCGGGGAUCGACACCACCGGCGACGCUCUGUGUUUUCUCAUGUGGGAGAUCUCCCAGCCUAGGUCGUUCUACGUCCAACAGCGCCUCCAGGCAGAGCUUCGCGCCAACCCCGACGUGGCGUUUGAUAAGCUACCUUACCUGGACGCCGUCGUGAUGGAGGGCCUCCGUUGCUUCCCGGCGAUUCCUAUGUCUCUCCCGCGGUACGUCCCCUCCGGCGGCCGCACCAUCGACGGUUACUACGUCCCCGAGGGAACGAUCGUGAGCUGCCAGGCGUACUCCACCCACCGCAUCGACGAGACCGUGUUUCCGCAGCCCGAUACGUUCGACCCGGACCGCUGGCUGCAAGAGGCUAGGGAGCUUGACCGAAAACGGCUAUUCUUCGCUUUCGCUAGCGGCGGGAGAGGUUGCAUCGGAAAGCAUCUGGCGCUUGCCGAGAUGAAAACCUUGCUGAGAGACGUCUACUCGCGGUACACGACCGUGCCUGACCCGUCGAUGGUUGCCGGGGAUAUGGAGAUGGCGGAUCAGUUGAUCUCCUCGCAACCUCGCGGGAAAAGGUGUCUUUUGACGCUUAUCCCCCUGGGGAAUGGGAUUUAGCAUGCUCGGUUACGGGUCAUCGGGUUAGGAUUGUAACAUUUUGUAUACUGGAUGUAUCCAGGCCUACCGAAUAUUAGAUACUGUACAAAGUUAGGACGUUGGCGCGUCUGCCCCGUUCUUAUCCGACCCUGGAUAUACACGUGGUGAGUGUAUCAUACGAUUUCAUAUGCUAUCCUCAGUAUCAGGCUUUAGCCCCUAGGUGCGAAAAGAGUCUUUUUCAAAGCUCUUCUAGAGAAUGCUACCCUGUUAGAUUUUAUAUUAGAGAGAUGGUACCCCUGAAAUGCACCUUUCCCACCGCUUAACUCGGACCUGAGAUAAUAUUCCGGCGCUAUGUCGUCCAAAAGCACAGGCUUCAAGCUUCUAGAACACUUUUGCUUGCCAAGCUCAACUCGUACGAGAGCUAGAACCUAAUAGGAGGAGAUAUCUCGAACGCAGAUAUGGACAGACAUCAACAUGUCAAACGGAGCACGCC